GGUAGGCCAGCCAAGAUAUUAGUCUUCCCUCGGCUGCCAAACUUUUUAGUCUCGUUCUGACUGUGGAAUAGGUUGUACAUUGUUUGUUGGCACAGUUUGCUAGAUAUAAAUCAGACAAAAAAUGAGGACUAUCGUAAUAUUUCCCGUUUUAUUGGCCUUCAUGGCAACGUUCGGUUGCUCAGAAGCAGCAGGUACCUCAGUAAAUGGUAUCCUUGACGGCCUGGGUGGUAUACCUCUGGUCGGCCAGCUGGUACAGAAUAUUGUUGGCGGAGUGAUGACGUUGCUGUCAACCCUUUUCCGAAACCUUUCGGAAUUUUUAAGUCCAAGCUCAGGUGGCUCUGGAAGUGGUGACUCCGGAAGUGGUAGCUCGGGAAGCAGUGGCUCUGGAAGCGGUAGUUCUGGCUCUGGAAGCGGAAGUUCUGGCUCUGGGUCGAACGGUGGUAGCGACGGGGGUUCUUCUUCUUCGGGAAACUCUCGCAGAAGGCGCUGAUCGAUCGCAACAGGGUGGUCCUGCUGCUGACGUCAGUGCUAUGCUUAUGUCUGCAUUUUGAAGUCGUUCCUCUGUAAGGAAGACAAACAUCAAAUUGUGCUCAAUAAACAAAAUUUCAAGGAUUA